CUGGCAGAUGGGAGCAGGAGGAGAAUGCUCACAACACACGGAGGGCGAGCUGCUCAGCCAAUGAGAGGAGCGCAGCGUAGAGUGAAGGGCGGGUGAGGAUUCGUAGCAUAGCUGACGGACUACCUACAUGGUUGUGCAAAUCUGAAGGCAUAUUAGUCUUUGGUAUAUCAGUACAAUUGAUCUUCAGACACCACAAGUAUCCAAAGAGUCCGGUAAAAGCAGCCAUCAUGACAGACCGGAAGGCCGUGAUCAAAAAUGCAGACAUGUCCGAGGACAUGCAGCAGGAUGCAGUGGAUUGUGCCACCCAGGCCAUGGAGAAAUAUAACAUAGAGAAAGACAUCGCAGCAUACAUCAAGAAGGAGUUUGAUAAGAAGUAUAACCCGACCUGGCACUGCAUCGUCGGGAGAAAUUUUGGCAGCUAUGUUACCCAUGAAACAAAGCAUUUUAUUUACUUCUACCUGGGCCAAGUGGCCAUCUUGCUCUUCAAGUCUGGGUGAUUGGUUGCGCUGAAGCAGUGAGUUCCUCUACGUGUAACUUUAGCAAGAAUGCACUGGUGGCCGAUGUCUCCCAUACACAAAUAAUGACAUACCAUAUUUGAUGCAAACCAGCCAUGCGCAUUGCAUGGACUUCACACUAUUUAAUAUGUAUGUUAAAGUAAGUUUACUUUUCACUAGUUGCCAUUUGAAUGCAACUGGGGUAGUUUUGUUAAUGUUAUUCAAUCUAGGUCUCACAAGAUUUCCCAAACGUCCCUUGAUUGUAUAAUGGCGGAAAGCUACAGAAUGCAAGUUCUUGUGUGGCAGAAGCCGCAACGCUGAGCCCCUUCAAUCGGGUCUGUGGCCUUCAUCUGCUGUUAAAACAAGAAAGAAAUCUAAUGGGUGUGCAUCAGUUGAACCUCAUCCUACAUGGCUUAUUGCCCAAUAUGUUAAAUUAAACUGUGAAGGACUGAAGAUGACGAUUGGCUCUUAUUGAUUCCAGUAGAUUCCACCCGAUCACACAUCCUCUCAGAGCCUGGCGGAAGACUACUGCUUUACCAUACACCGGAUCACCGACCAUGUAACUCCCAAUGUACAUUUAAUUCAUGUAGUGAAUUGGUAGAUCCGAAAGCAUCGUAACACUUUAAAAAAACGAAAGAUAGCUUUGAGGGCAGGUUUGUGUUUAACCUCCGUCUGAACACAAUUGUUGGGAGGACGCAAGUAAAUCCUUCACAUCAAAAUCACUGUCUGUCCUGUCUGACAAAACCAUGGCAAAAUAAUAACCAACCGCCAAUCAAGCGAGCGCAAUGGUUUCUGGGUAGUUGACACUAGUGAUAUUAGUUUCCUUUGCUUUGAUAUGUACUGUGAACAAGUGGAAGGACCUAUGCUUGGUACAAAUGCAUAUACUAUUGGACAGACAAUGUUAAAUUAAGUAAAGAAAUCGUGUUCUGGUCAUUCUGAAGACCACAUGCAAUGUGUCCAACCUACCCUUUAAUCGAUAGUGCUAUCUUAAUUCAGCACAGGAUUAAUCCUGGUCUAAGACACUGAACUUGAUAUCAUUUGGGUGUCCAAACGUUAAGUUAAAGUGACAAUGCACAACGUCUGCUCAAUUAUUAAAUAGGCCAAUGUUUUGUUGGUAGUAACAUAAAAUGUGUUGUCUUUUGCGUAAAGGACUGAAUGUUAACCAAAUUCUGUUUUGGUAGUCUCUUCACAGCAAUGAAUACAGUGUUGAUUUCUACAUUGUUUCCGUGAAUGGACAUUAUUCUCAUGGAGAAUCUUCCCAAAUUAAUAUGAAUAACAAAUGAUUUUGUAUCGUUUUCCUCUGGCAUGUUUGUAUUCUGUGUCUAUAGGAGCUAUUCCAAUGCUGGUCAAUUUGCACAAGACGUGCCUGUUAUUGUUCUGAAUUGUUACUGGCUUGAAUACAAUUGCACUUGAUAACAAUUAUCCAGUAGGUUACGAUGGAACAAAAACAGUGUCAAUCCAAAAUUAAAUUCAACUUCAGUGCAA